GCGGAGAAACAGCGGACAGCCUGAAGACAAGAGCCGGAAAACAGGAGCUUCAUUUAACACCAAAUAAAAGAGCCAAAGACUCCGGGGAAACGGAAAUGUCAACGCGAAUAUCGGGAGAAAACAACUGAUUAACUUUUUUUUCAACUCUUUGUUACUUAUUCACGAGUUUAUUCAAGAACCUGAAGUGAAGAGGUGAAGGUCUGAAAGAACGUCAAGUCAGAGUUUUUGAGGAGGAAUCAUCCAUUGGAAGCUUAUAUUUCAUCUUUCUUAUUUGGAUAAACAUGUCAGAGAAGAAGGUCGGACGUCCAGGCAUGAGCAUCUUCAGUCCGUGCCGGGUGGUCGCUGCAGUGUCUCUGAUCUUGAUUAUUCUGGGAGGGCUGGGAGCCGCCAUCUGGGCCCUCGUCACGUACCUUAGAACAACAGAAGAUACAGGAUUAUUUGAUGUGCAGGUGAGCGCAGCAGACCAGAGGCUGAGAGUGUUUGACUCCACACAGUGGCGGUGGAAAUAUGUUUGCUCAUCCAGCGUCAACCAGCUCAUCGCCAACAUCACCUGCGAGGAGAUGGGCUUCGUCAGAGCAGUAAAUUUCUCAAUGACGUGUGCUCCUGAGAGUGGUGGGGACCGAGAUUUUUUCUGUGUAAAGGAGAGCGAGUUAACAUAUGGGAAGAAGAUAAAAACAGCCCUCUAUCCUUGUAAAUGUGACAAAGGGCAGAUUCUUCAGGUGAUCUGUCAGGACUGUGGUCGCCGAAUGCUGCCUGAGGAGCGGAUCGUGGGGGGGGUUGACGCUCGACAGGGCUCAUGGCCAUGGCAGGUCAGCUUACAGUAUGAUGGAGUUCAUCAGUGUGGCGGAUCCAUUAUUUCAGACCGCUGGAUCAUCAGUGCUGCACACUGCUUUCCUGAGAGGUAUCGUCACGCGUCCCGCUGGCGGGUUCUGAUGGGCUCGAUCUACAAUACUCCUAUCCGUAAGAACGUUGUGAUCGCUGAGGUGAAGACGGUCGUCUACCACAGCAGUUACCUGCCCUUCGUCGACGCUAAUGUUGAUGAUAACAGUCGGGACAUUGCAGUCCUCUCAUUAACAAAACCUCUGCAGUUCACUGAUUAUAUCCAGCCGGUGUGUCUUCCGACCUACGGCCAGCGUUUGGCGGAUGGACAGAUGGGUACAGUUACUGGCUGGGGUAACGUGGAGUAUUAUGGAACUCAAGCAAACGUCCUCCAGGAGGCCCAUGUGCCCAUCAUCAGUGAUGCGGUGUGCAAUGGCCCUGAUUAUUAUGACAACCAGGUCACAACCACCAUGUUCUGUGCUGGUUAUGAGAAAGGAGGAACAGACUCAUGUCAGGGGGACAGUGGUGGACCUUUCGUAGCAGCAGAUGUGCUCUCUAAGACCAGCCGUUAUCGUCUGCUGGGAGUUGUAAGCUGGGGCACAGGCUGUGCUAUGGCCAAGAAGCCCGGCGUUUACACCCGCGUGUCCCGUUUUCUGCCGUGGAUAUCAACCGCCAUGAGGAUGUAUGAGAAUUCCCCAGGAGUACACAAAAUGGCACGGGCCGCCACACCAUAGUCAUUCAGAACGAAAAUGUAUUUGGGAAUAAAGUAUUGAUGUGUUGCUCGGAUCGGUCUGAGAUCCAACGUCUGCUGUGGAUCAGAUGUUUUGUGAUGAUCAAACUGGCUCAAGGACAUUUGACUAAUAUCUUUCGUAUGGUCUGACCUAAGCAGGGCCUUGAUGAUGAUGCUGUAUUUUGGGUUUAAUAUGUUUAUGAACACCUCAUUUGUACAAUACCUAAAUCAUGCAAUUUUCCUGACAUCAAAAUGUGGCAGAUACAGAAUAGAAAUUACUCAUUAAAACGUAAAAAGAACUUGCUUUAUAUAUAGACGGUACUGUUUAAAGGUUUGGUAUUGGUAUGUUUUUGUCAGAAGUCUCUUAUGCUUGCAAAAGCUGCAUUUAUUUGGUCAGAGUACAAAAAUUCUGUAAUUUAGUAAAAGAUUUUUACAAUUUAAAGUAAAUUUAUAAAAGAUUAUAUGUGAAUAUGCUGAAAAUGUUAAAAUUAUUGUCCAGUUUGAAACUAUUUCAGCUUCAUAUUGUUGUGAACUUUUUUAUUACUGCUCAGGAUUCAUUGA